GAACAGCCGAACGACUUGCAUUGCAGUUGCAGCUGAGCGCGGCUUUGUCGACGUUGUGAGGUUGUUGCUGGAUGCUGGGGCUAGGCAAGCGAUCCCCAGAGAGGGCACCACUGUGUACGACACGCCCCUUGCGACAGCAGCAGCAGCUGGUCAUUUGGACACCGUGCGCCUCUUGCUAGAGACGGGUGUCGACAAGGACAUGCUCGCCAACACGAACUUCAAAGGGCGAGCUCCGCUUGCAUGGGCUGUGCAGGAGGGCCACUUGGACAUUGCACAGCUACUUUUGGACGCAGAAGCUGAUGCCAAUCAAACUUGUGCUCUUGGCUCUGGUGUACUCCUUAGGGGCACCUUGGGCCGGACGCCCCUUGUUUGGUCUUGCGAGGAGGGCAGGGACGAGCAGGUGCGGCUGCUCCUCGAGUCCGGCGCCGACAAAGAUCGGCGAGGCCCCUGCACCCCUUUGGGCGCCGCUGCUCGCCGAGGCCAUCUCUCCGUAGUCCGACUUCUGCUUGAAGCUGGCGCCAACAUCGAGGCGUCCCAUCCAAACGAUGGGCGGGCACCCCUUUGGCUUGCAGCUGCAGAGGGGCACUACGAC